UUACGCAUGGUUACGCCACGUAUAGUUACGCAGUUACGCUGGUUACGCCACGCUUCAUGAUUUCGUCGUUUCGUUUCGUACUUCAUCGCGCUGUAGUUUGAGUUGUGUUUUCGGUAAUUUCUUAGUUCUUUGAACGAACACUGCUUCGUAAUUAGUCCGCACAGCAACGCCAUGCUCUGUUUUUAGAAUAUAAGCGUGCGAUUUCAUCUCGCUCAAGAAAGAAUUUGAAAGCAAGACAUUCACAUUACCGAUCAGAUGUUUGUUCGCUUCGUAGUGAUGAUGAUGGAAGUCAAGAGAGAGACCAUCGAUAGUAAGUUCGACUUCUGAAGCUGUUCUACUUUCUGCUAUGACAACGAACAAGCACAAAUCUCUCUGUGACAUGUAUGGCUGCGCAAGCUGUAUACCAGUCGAAUAGACUGCUAAGUAUUGUGCCAAAUGAUUGACGCAAUAUGCCCAUAAGAUGCAGUUAGCUUUGGAGUAGGCAGUGUACUGACUCAAUCUUUGUCGAAAACGCUCGCAUUUCUCAUCUGUGCCUGGUGUCCGUGUUAUGGAGGAAAUCACAGCAGAUUACAUCUCGGGAACCACAGUAGGUGCUGGUGUCUCCAUCUGUGUCAAGACUGAACCCUACAACACCAGCUACCCCGUUCUAGACCAUCAUGAACACAGUGGCAAAAUUAUCACGGACGGCGUUCAAGGACAGGUAGUGGCCAGAGGUGUGCUUCAAAUUAAAAAAGAAUGUCAGGACUCUUGCGGCAGCCUCAACCCAAGCUGCAGCUCCUCAACUACACAGUUCAGGGACAGUUCUCUCCAUCAGUGUACCUCGGGCAGAGUGAACGAUGACGUCUCAGAGGUACCCUCUGAGCCAACUGCAUUCUUGAGUGGACAGGAUCAACUGCAAGAAAGAUGCACCAUGCAAGAUCCAGAUUUGAGGCCUCAUAUGCCAGCACAUACCUUAGAGGAGCUGCACAAGCAAACACAUACGGGAGAGAAGCCGUUCAAGUGCGAACGCUGCGGAGCAGAAUUCACUCAGUCUGCACAUCUGAAAAGUCACACACAAAUGCACACCGGCGAGAAACCAUACAGGUGUGAACUCUGUCCGGCAACAUUCAACUACUCUCAUGUCCUGAAAUGUCACACGCGAACACAUACGGGAGAGAAGCCGUUCAAGUGCAAACACUGCGGUGCAGAAUUCACUCAGUCUGCAGGUCUCGGAAGACACAUGCGAACACACACCGGCGAGAAGCCGUACAAGUGUGAACGUUGUCCUGCAGCAUUCAGUUGCUCUGGUAAUCUGAAAUGUCACACACGAACGCAUACAGGAGAGAAGCCAUUCAAGUGCAAACAAUGUGGAGCAGAAUUCGCUCGGUACGCAAACCUGAGGGGGCACAUCGGAACACACACCGGAGAGAUGCCGUACAAGUGUGAACGUUGUCCUGCAGCAUUCAGGAACUCUAACGGCCUGAAACGUCACACGCAAACACAUACGGGAGAGAAGCCGUUCAAGUGCAAAGAGUGUGGGGCAGACUUCAAACAGCCUGCACAGCUGAGAUGUCACAUGCGAACACACUCUCUAGAGAAGCCAUACAAGUGUGAACUCUGUCCUAUGGCAUAUGAUGUGCCUUACAGCCUGAAAUGUCACAUGCAAACACAUGCCAAGGAGAAACCGUAUACAUGUGAGCUCUGUCCCGCAGCAUUCAGUAUGUCUGGAAGCCUGAAAUGUCACAUGCGAACGCACACUGGGGAGAAACCAUUCAAGUGUGAACUCUGUCUUGCAGCAUUCAGUGUGUCUGGAAACCUGAAAUAUCAUAUGCGGACACAUACUGGGGAGAAACCCUACAAGUGUGAACGCUGUCCCGCAGCAUUCAGGAACUCUUAUCGCCUGAAACGUCACACACGAACACACACCGGAGAGAAGCCGUUCAAGUGCAGGCACUGUGGAGCAGAAUUCACUCGGUCUGCACAUCUGAGAAGUCACACACAAACGCACACUGUAGAGAGACCGUAAACAUGCGUACUCUGCCCCGCAGCAUUCCAUAACUCUUAACGGCCUGAAGUGUCACACGCAAACACAUACUGGAGAGAAGCCGUUCAAGUGCAGACACUGUGGAGCAGAAUUCACUCAUUCUGCACAUCUGAAAUAUCACGUUCAGGCACACACUGGCAAGUGUUAACAAUGGGUAGCACAAUUCAUUCAUUCUGCACAUCCGGGAAGCCACACGUAAGCACGCACAUUCUGCAGAGAAGGCACAGAAGUGAGAAAAUCUGCCCUGCAACAUUGAGUCACUCUCAUGGCAUGAACUAUCACACGUGAACGCACCUACUAGAGGGAAGCCGUACGGGCGUCGUAUAGGAACCAAGGUUCCCACUCUCCGAGGACCCUCAGCGGUAGAUACCCUGAGGACCGUCAAUCCUCAGCAACGAGGGGAAAACACAACACAGCAAAUGAACAAACAAGGAAGGUUUAUUACCAAAAGCAGCCAACGCCUCCAGCGCACGCACAAACAACGAACGAGUUUUGCGCCUCGCACGUCCUUUUAAAAGCACUGUCUCUGAAGCAGGGAUCGGAACCGGAACCGAACCUGAACCGAAAACCGGAAGAAAACGUCAUUUUCUGACGAAACCGAACUUCGUAGAGCUUCGUAUGUGUGUGUGUCUAGUUCAUCAUCUGUGCGAACAAUUUUUUUGCUUGUCCCGAACCGAACCGGAACUAAACCGAAAAAAAUGCGUACGGUUACCGGUUCGGGAAUCGGUUCAGAGGUGAAAUCAUUGCACUACUGGCCGACUUUUUUUUUUUUUUUUUUUUUUUACUCACCCGAAACAGUUAUCUCACACCUUUCUCUUACAACCGCGUACGGUGAGCGUAAGCUCGCUUUCACGUUUCAAAAUUACUGCCCAUGAACCGGUUAAACCGUGACCGAAAAAAGUAACGGUUCCAUGCGUUCGAAGGGAGACAUUUUUUUAAAUAUCCUCGAAGUUUACUGCAAUCUUUGCACUCUGUAUCGUGUGUAAGAAUGAUCUACACAGAUGAAGGAGACCGAUACGAGCACGCAGCAUUUUGGUACGACUAUAUUCCUCGCGGAAGGGGAGCCUCGACUUGAGGAGAAGUGAAUGAAAGUAUUUUUUUCUUUGUCUACAAAAACAGCGAUGACUUGGUAUACGGGAAUAAAUACAAAACGUUCGCUAA